UUCCGCCGUUCCGGUGAGUCUCGGCGAAGUCGGGUCGCAAGAUCUCAAGGUCGAGAAAACGAAUGUCGACAGAUCAGCAAGACCGCAAGUGCAUACGUCAUGUCGACGCAUCUCGUACAUACAUCCUCUGUAAAAAUACGAACCGAUAGCGUGCAACGGAACGCGACGCACAUUGACGCACAUGCCUCUCCCCGACCGUCCCCGACGCCGGUCAGUCGUGUCGCGUUUGCUCGCGGCAUGAGAAAGAAAGAGAGAGACUCGUUUAGCUUAAUCCGCGCGAGCUGAGAAUUCGGUUUCUGGAGUCGGGUAGCGGGCAAACACCGCAAACACCCAAGACUCGAGCAUGUGACUUCCGCACGCGUGAUAACUGCUCCGUCUUAUCAGCGAUCCCGAAUCGAUCUACCUUUAAAGGCUUAAGACACUCCGCGCCGUUCGUCGCGUCAACAAUUGAUCUAAGAAGUAACCGAAAGAAGAUCUAACAAAAGUAACCGAGUGUCGGCGCGAGAAAAAGGAGGAAGAACAACAGGCGGGAAGAGGAUAUAUCCGAGGAGGAGGAAAUAUUUAAGGAGUACACGUACACAGGUGAAGAGGUGGGUGACACACACAUUUAAAGCUGCCAUGCUUGCGCCCCACCGUGCCCUCCAGCCGUACGCACAUUUUAUAAGGACUGUACGCUCGUUGCAGUCGGCUAGUUACCACGGUGUCACGUCAACGUCGUCAUCCCCGCUCGUCGUGCGGGAACCCGAUCGUCAUCGUCGUCACCUGCUGCGAAAUUCGUCGUCGAUAGAACAAUUCGCGAGGACACUCGGCGCCUCGUUCGCGACAAUGGCAAAAAUAAAGGCAGGUCCAGUCGUCGACAUUCUCGGCGAUGAAAUGACGCGCAUCAUAUGGGAUUCCAUUAAGGAGAAACUCAUCCUGCCCUACUUAGACAUCGAGUUGCAUACGUACGACUUGGGUAUCGAGAAUCGCGACGCCACCAACGACAAGGUGACGGUGGAUUGCGCCGAGGCGAUCAAACGUUACAACGUCGGCAUCAAGUGUGCCACCAUCACGCCCGACGAGAAACGCGUGGAGGAGUUCAAGCUGAAGCAGAUGUGGAAGAGCCCGAACGGCACCAUCAGGAACAUCCUGGGCGGCACGGUGUUCCGCGAGGCGAUCAUCUGCAAGAACAUACCGCGUCUGGUGGUCGGUUGGAAGGAGCCGAUCAUUAUCGGCAGGCACGCGCAUGCCGAUCAGUACAAGGCCACGGAUUUCGUGGUGCCGGGUCCCGGGAAGCUGGAGAUCACGUGGACCGGCGAGUCCGGCGAGAAGAUCCAGCACACCGUCCACGAUUUCAAAGGUCCCGGCAUCGCCCAGGCUCAAUACAACACCGACGAGAGCAUUCGCGCUUUCGCCCACAGCUCAUUCCAGUACGCGUUAUCGCGCACGUAUCCGCUGUACCUUUCCACGAAGAACACGAUCCUCAAGAAGUACGACGGUCGCUUCAAGGACAUAUUCCAGGAGAUCUACGAAAAGGAAUACAGACAGCAGUUCGAGGCGAAGGAGAUAUGGUACGAGCACCGAUUGAUCGACGACAUGGUGGCCUACGCCAUGAAGUCUGACGGUGGUUUCGUAUGGUCGUGCAAGAACUACGACGGUGACGUACAGUCGGACUCGGUGGCGCAGGGCUACGGCUCCUUGGGUAUGAUGACGUCGGUCCUCCUAUGUCCGGACGGUCGCACGAUCGAGGCCGAAGCCGCCCACGGCACCGUCACCCGUCACUAUCGUCAGUACCAGAAGGGCAACGAGACGUCCACCAAUCCGAUCGCCUCUAUUUUCGCGUGGACCCGCGGUUUGCUGCAUCGCGCCAAGCUCGAUGACAACGCGCGUCUGCGACACUUUGCCGAAACGUUGGAGAAGGUCUGCGUCGACACCAUCGAGGCUGGUUUCCUCACCAAGGAUCUCGCCAUAUGCAUCAAGGGCAUGAACAACGUCACCCGGUCCGAUUACCUCGAAACGUUCGAGUUUAUGAACAAGCUCGCUGAGAAUCUGAAGAAACAGCUCAAGGCAUGACUCGUCGACGUGGAUGAAGAGUGUAGUCUACGAGCCAAGUAUUAAGUCGUCGCGUUGUAAUGAAAAGAAAGAAAUAUUUACGUGGUUGCGGGGGGAAAAAAAAAAGCUAGACUUCAAGCAUAUAUUAUAUAUAAUUGCACGCAUAUAAGAUUGUCGCUUACAGUUACGUCAAAUCAUCCUUGGAUUCACGCUGCAUAACGUGACCGCGUUUGAUUUAUCUUCGAUUAUCAUUAAUCAGACCAUUCGUUUCGCAAAAGCGUCACGAACAGCCGCGUGCCUCAUCUUUUCCACGACGGCCGUGCAAUAGAUAUGAAAGACGCGAUAAUACUAACGAGAUACUAGCUGAUGAUUGGACCACGUAUUCAACUCGGCAAAACAAUCGAUGGUAUGAUGUAAAUUAUCGUUUAUCGUGGCGUUCUAAAAUUAUAAAUGUGGAAUACAUCGCGAGUGAACGAAGUAAUUUAAUGAGCAGAUAAAUUUAGCACACUGAUUGAUCAGAGAAAGCGAAUAAUACAUAUGAACAAUUGUAUAGAUCUUUAAAUAAAUUUUUUCAAAUCACAA